AUGGGAGCCUGGACAAGUGAGGUUGAACAUAAUGAUAGACAUUGCAGCAGCAGUGGAAUACCUACACUAUGGUUAUUCAUACCUAUUGUGCACUGUGAUAUGAAGCCCAGCAAUAUACUACUAGAUGAUGAUAUGGUUGCACAUGUUGCUGAUUUUGGAAUUGCAAAACUCUUGGGUGGAGGUGAUUCUAUUACCCAAACCAUUACCCUAGCCACAGUUGGGUACAUGGCUCCAGAGUAUGGAAUGGAAGGAAUAGUUUCAACAAGAGGAGAUGUGUAUAGUUUUGUAUUACCAGAUGCAAAGAUAGAUGAAGUUGUGGAUGCCAAUUUGCUUAGGAUUGGGACACAGCAGGAAGAUGAUGAUCAUGUGAGGAAGAGGGAUUGCAUAUCAGCCAUUAUGAGAUUAGCUCUUACUUGCUGUGCAGAAUCACCAGAAGAGAGGAUAAGUAUGAAAGAAGUUACAGCCACACUCAACAAAAUCAAGACAAAGUUUUUGAAGGACACUACUACAGGAAGAGGUGUGCUGUUAAACCGUCCUCUUGUUCAGCAACGCUUCAAUUAA